GAUGGGAUUUUGGAGGAGCGGAAGCCGGUGUGGUGACUUGUGGGAAACGGUUCAGUCCUUAAUGUCCUUGGUGUUAGAAGUGAAAGGUGGCUGCUGAAUAGAAACGAUGUUCAGGAACUUACUGGCACUCCGUCAGAUAUCUCAGCGAGCAGUUGGUACUACUGCUCGCAGGCAGCUUCAGAAUAAGGUGCCAGACAAGCAAAGGCUUUUUCAGGAGGACAAUGGAGUUCCAGUUCACUUGAAAGGGGGUACUGGUGAUGCCCUCCUUUACAGGUUUACAAUGGCACUUACAGUUUUAGGAACUGGUCUUGUGCUAUAUGAACUGGCUGUAGCAUCAUUUCCGAAAAGCAAGAAAUGAUUCCAGUCUGAAUGCCUCGCUUACGUUCCGGUUCAAAUUAUGUAGUCAUUGUAUUAAAAUGUAUGUAAACUUUCAGGGAGUUUAAAUGUCCUUGUCAUAACAAGUUGUAUUCACAUUUAAUGGGAACAAUAUUUAUUAAAUGUGCUAUUAAAAAAAAUGGGUACAAUAAAAUCAGUUUUAAAUUCC